GGGAAAGUCUCGGAAAAUCGAUAAUUUUUCAUGAGGUUUUCCACAGCUGAUGGAAGGUUAAAAAAUUCUUCGUUUUUCUCACUUCUUCUCUAUUAGAAUCCCAAAGAUUGGAAAUUCAACUUUGAGACGCAAAAAAAAGACGAAAAAGCUUCAAGAUGAAUUUCCUGGAUAGUGCUCAUUGCUAAUUUUUGGGGGAAUUUUUUUUUGCUGAACUAGGAGAAAGGAAAAUUAUUUUAUACAUCCUGCAAUGGAUUCAAUGGGUUUGGGCUAUUCGUACCACCUUCCAUCUGGUGGAUUUUUUCAACGUGUCCGGAAUUCCCUGUCUCUGGCACAAUUCAGUGAUCUCUUCAGUGAAUUCAAUGAAUACAUCGCCCCGGCCUAUCAUCAUGAUCGCUGCGAGCGAUCCGUCCACAUGCGUUUGUAUUCAAUGAAUAAGCGGGAAUUCGUGAUGGUGUUCCUGGCAUUCUUUGCGUGCUUCGGUUUGGGUAUUUUUAUCGGGCUAGCUGGUCCUCCAAUUACCGCAACCACCGAAAUUAGUGCUACCUCCAUUCUAUCCAAUGCCUCAGUUGUGGAGAAUAAGCUAAUCAUGGCCACGGGACCCUUCACCAUGAGGAGUCCCCUCAUGACGAUGUACGCCCAGCAGCUGUGGCUCAUUGCGCAAAUCUUCACGGACAAUCGUGAUGAUGAAGCGUACGAUAAGAGCUUCCACGUGAGCCUCUCAAUUGAUGGACUCACGGCGGAACAUAAACCUGUCCCCAUUCUCUUUGGGGAGAACGUUAAAAAUAGGACGCGGCAUUUGAUGUGUGAACGCAACACCUGUGAGGAAUUCACCGUGCUUCAUCUGGGAUUCCUCGACUAUGCCCACUACAUCGUUACAGUUCGCUUCUCUGGACUUGAAUCCGUGCAUCGGCGCUACAAUAUAAAAGAGAUUAAAUUCUUUUUCAAGACAUACAAUCCGGCAUUCACACAGAUUGAGAUUUGGUUCCGUUUCAUCUUCCUCCUCUUCACAUUUAUCGUCACUUGCUGGUAUGCUCACACGUUGAGGAAAUAUUCAGCAAAUCAGUGGUCAAUUGAGCAGAAAUGGAUCUCAGUGCUACUUCCUCUACUCCUUCUCUAUGACAAUCCUCUUUUCCCGUUGAUCUUCCUAAUGAACUCCUGGCUUCCAGGCAUGGUGGAUGCCAUCUUUCAGGCCACCUUCCUCUGUGCUCUCCUCAUGUUCUGGCUCUGUAUGUAUCACAGCUUACGGCAGAAUGAGCGACGCAUCUUGACAUUCUACGUCCCAAAACUCAUUGUUAUCGCACCCAUUUGGCUCUGUGCCAUUGUCCUGGCCACAUGGGAGAAGUGCAAUGAGCUCAGGGAUCCCACGUAUAGUCAUUUCGUGGACACGGGGAAUUAUUCCUCCUUCAAGAUCUUCUUCUACCUCUCGGGUGGUGUCUACAUCCUCUACCUGGGACUGCUGAUCCUCCGUGCCUACACGGAACUACGAUCAAUGCCAUACUUCGAUAUGCGCCUCAAAUUCCUCACUCUGCUCAUGCUCUUUGUCGUCAGCAUCUCCCUGACUGUCACAAUAUACCGUUUUGGCUUUGGGAUCCUUCAGGAUAAUUUUAUGGCAACCCUCAAGACAACCUACAAGAGCUCAGCGCAAUUUAUGUGCUUCUACGGACUUCUCAAUUUCUAUCUCUUCACAAUGGCCUACGUCUACUCCCCGCAUGAUCGUCCAAUUCACGAGCCAGCAAUUACCAAGGAUAAUCCAGCAUUCUCAAUGAUUAAUGACUCUGAUGAGGAUGUAAUUUAUGGGUCCGAUGACGAUAGCAGGAGACCCCUAAAUUCCGCUGGGGCAAAAGGGAAUGACUACGAUAGUGAUUAAAUUAAAAGCGCCCCCUAAUCUUCCUUCUUGAGAGUCAUUAAGUUAACUCCCCCACACACAGGUAAGUCUGGUUUAGUUAAUUAUGUAGGAUUUAGUUUAAAGAAUUUAGAAUAAGUUGGAGACUGCAAAGCAGAAUUUAUCAUGAGAUUUUGGGGAAAAGGACGAAUUUUUGUCAGGAUUAACCGUCUUACUAAAAGAAAACCUUUUUUUGGGGGUAUUUUCUGCUGCCCUUCAAAAUAAAUCUUAAUGUGUAAAAUUUUAGCAUAAUUUCGAUGUAUAAAUAAUUAAUUUUUAACUAUAAAUUCAACGUUCUAAUAAGAAUCAUGAUUAACAAAUGAAAAAAAAAACAGGCCAAAGACCUUUCUUAUACCCUUUAACUUAAAUAUAAAAUUAUUAUAUAUUAAAAAAUGGAUUAAUUUUAAGUUUAAUAUUAAAUAUUUCUGUAUAUUGAAAAGAAUUUGGUGUUAAACAUCAUUCAAUUAAUUUAUGGAGAAUUUAAACAAACAAAAUUAAAUAUUUGUAUGUAAACCAAAGUUUUAUGUAUAAAUAAUCUCUUUGUUUCAUUUCUUAUUCUUUGAGAAUAAAAAUGAUUUCAAGGGC